AGAUUUCUACUUUCCUGCAGGCGCUCCUAAAGUUUCUUUGCUAAAACCGUAUUUGUGAUUUCUCUCUUCUUUCUUUCUAUACCGUCAUUGAAAUAGUUACCCAUUCAAUGCGAUUUAAUUUAAUUUAGUAUAUUAAUAACCACCUGCUAAACUUUGUUUUACUCAACAUUUGAAGACUUUCUAUCAGAAGUUUUAGUAGCUAAAUAAUAGCAUGCUAGCGCUAGGUUUCUGUCUUGUUAAAUGAAACUACUGAUGGUUAAACGUACUCGUUAGCAUGCAUGCAUACAUAGCUUACAUUUAGUUGUCAAAGUUUUGUCCGUUUUUGCAUACUUCCAAUGACUUCUCAACGAGACCGAGGUGCACACUCUCCUAGACUGGAGGCUGUGAUUCAGAAGUUGGAGGAGUCCCUGAUUCACUCAGACGGCAGCUUUGGAGAGAGUAGUCUGACACUGCGAGGUGAUGGACACGAGUCCAGUGUCACUCCUACGCCUGUCUCUAGCCGCGUCCGCCAAAUCAUCACCCGCAACCUGACUGAGCAACCAACUGGUGAGGGCUCUGAGCUCGGCGAGGUCGAGGAAAGCAGGGCCUUAAGGGAGCAGCCGUCUCCGAGCCAGAUGAACCGUGACCAGCCGCUAGUCAAACAGGCAAGUCUCACUGACAGGGUAGGACUCGAUCAGAUACUGACGCUGCAGUCAUCAAUGGACUCAGACCAGGACAGCCUAUCACCAGGAUCCCUGCAAGCCCUGCAGAACAAGGACAGAGCUUACAGGCAAAAACUGCAGGUCUACCAGGAGGCCCAGCAGAGGCAAGCACAACUUGUGCAGAAACUUCAAACCAAGGUCCUUCAGUACAAGAAGAGGUGUGGGGAACUAGAAGGACAGGUGCUGGAGAAGACGUCAGAGUCUGAGAAGAUGAGAUUGGUGCUGCAAGCCCACCUGGACUCAGCCCAGCGCCAGCAGCGAAUUGAGCAGGAUCUCAAUGUGACUAUCCAGAAUAAAUCUGCUAAACUGGAGGAGGAGCAGAAAAGGUGUGCCAACCUCAGCCAAGUUAACUCUCUGCUGCGGGAACAACUCGAUCAGGCUGGCACUGUCAACGUUGGACUUACAGAGAGCCUGUGGAAGGCUCGUGAAGACAUUGAUUUCAGUGAUAACCGUCUGCGCAGGGAGCAAGAGACAUGCGCCUCCCGGCUCUGUCGAGAACAAGCUCGUGUCAGAGCUCUGUGGCGCCAGGCCGCUUCCCUGCGGAGCACUUUCACCCAGCUAAGGACUUUCACUGACAGGACUCUGUCUGAUAUGCGUGGGGAGUGUGUCGAUGCCAGCAGACAGAUGCAAGUUGCCUGCAUGAAUGUAGAGGCCAGGAUAACACAUGACAGCCCCUCUAGUGGUGCGGGGAUGUCUGCACUGGAGAGGCAGCUGAAGGAGAAGCUGAAAGAGGCCAUGCAGCUUCAGGGUCGCUGGGAUGCAGAGAAAGUAGAACUUAACUCGAGAGUCCUGGAGCUGGCUGACACCGUCAAGCACCUUCGUAGCCAGAACAGUGAGAAGGAUGCUAGCCUCGACAUCAUGCAGAUCAGUCUGGACAGGAUGGAGACGAGGAGAACAGAGGAUAAAGCAGAGAUGGAGGUUCUCCACACAGAGAUCCAAGCCCUCCAAAAGAUUUUAUGUCACAUUCAGCAGCUAGUUGGUGACAAGGGCGAGAGCAGCGGCUUUGAAAGUGUGUCCUCCUCACCUCUUCAUGGCCAGUCUCCACUGAGGAACUCAACCCUGAUGGCUGUGCAGACUGCUCUCUCCAAGCACCAGAAACAAACACAGGACCUGCGUGGGUGUUUGGAUGCUGCAGUGGAGCAAGUGAACACACUCCGUGAUCACCUGCAGGAGAGGGACACAAAGAGGAGAGAUUUGGAGCAGAAGAGCCAGGAAGUAAGGAAGGAGAGUCAGGAGGCCAAAAAAGCUCUGGAGGAAAGUCUUAGAGACAGCAACAGAUACCGCUGCUCACUGGAGCUGAUUUCCAGUGAGAAGAGCAGCCUGGAGAAGCUGCUGUCAGGACUGCAGCAGGAGGUGGACUCCCAGCGUGCCGAGCUGGAGGCACUGCGAGGUUCAUCAGUGGAGCUGCAGAGACAGCGGGACCUCCUGAGGCAGCAGAGGGAGGAUCUGGAGACGCAGCUGUCACGGCAGCGCACAGAGGCCCAACGAGGUGAGAGGAGUCUUGGGGAGCUUGAAGGGAAGCACUCAGAUUUGCGUAAGGAGCUUGUGACAGUGAAGGAGGCUCUGAGUCAAAUCAACCUGCAGAAGGAGAUGUUGGAUGAUGAAAAGGCCAGCCUUGCUCUGGCUCUCAGCAAGAUGGAGUCCCAGAGUGCUGCACAUGAGUUAGCCCUCACCAAACUGCAGAAUCAGGAGGCUACUCUGAAAGAUUCUCUGGCCAAAAUGGCUGCCCUGAGCGAAGGCUUAGCCAAAGACAAGGUGGAACUUAGUCGUAUUCUCUUGCAGACUGAAGGUGAGAAGGCAGAGCUUGGUGAACGUAGACGGGAAGCUGAAGUGGAGCGGGCAGCAGCCAGGGAGGAGACAGCACGGCUCCAGCAGGAGAUGAUGAAUCUGCUCGCAGAGAAACAGGCCCUGGAGAGCUCCCACGGCCAUUUGCAAGAUCUCUGCCAGAAGCUCGAAGCAGAGCUGAGCCUGCUGCGGAGGGAGAACGCUCAGGCACUGGAGCAGCACUCCCAGGUCAAUAAGCAGAUGCAGAGUUUGACAGAGGAGCUGUGUGCGUGCAGGAAGGAGCUUGAGACACAGACCACAGCCCUAAAGAGAGCGACCCAUGACAGGGAGGAGCUGGCCAAAGACAAGGCUGCUCUGGAUGUCAAACUAAACUCUGCUGACCGAAAGGCCUGUGGACUCACGCAAGAGCUGGUUGCACUUAGAGCCGAGAAGGAGUCCCUGGAGACAGUGCUGUUUGAGAGCCAGGAGUUGGCCUCGUCUCUGGAGGCAGAGCGCACCAGGAUGGAGGGGGAGAGGCGCAGCUUGCUCCUGGCUAACGAGGCCUUGACGCGUGAUGUCGCUCGGGUUCGUUUGGAUGCUGAACAUCAGGUGGCACAAGCAGCACAAGAGCAUACUAAGUUGGAGGAGAGGCUGGUCCAGGUGGAGAGGAAUUCCCUGCUAACCCUGAACAAUAAAGAGCAAAUUCACAGAGAGCAGCUUGAAGCAGAACAACAGCGAAUGGAGCAGCAGCUUGCAGUUCUGACACUUCAGCGUGAGCAGGUUGAGGAGCAGCUGCGUAGACAAUGUGAGGAGCUGCGUGUGCACAGCCAGAGGGAGCUGCAGCAGGUGCAGGAGGAGCAAACCAGGCUGCAGCAGGAAUUCAACCAAAGCCUCCUGCAGGCUGAGAGUGAAAAGCAGCAGGCUUUGUCCAAGAAGGAAGCGGACAAGGCUGCCCUCACAGAGAAACUAGCAGCCCUGCAGCAGGAUCUUAUCAAUGAAGGCAUGGAGCAUGAGCGGAUGAAGAGGGAGGCCCUUAGUAAACAGGAGCAGGAUAAGGACACCAUGUCUGUCCUUCAGUCGGAGGUGCAAAGCCUACGGACUCAGUUCGAAGAGUCUUUGAGCUCCCACCAGGAUACCAAAAAGAGUCUAUCUGAGCAGGUCAGAGAUUUGAAACAACAGAGAGAACAUACACAACAAGAGUUAGAGGACCUUCGUCACCAGCUGCAAGAGGCAGAGGAUGUACUCAUCAAAGUGAAAACUGAGCUGAUUGAAGCUCACAGAGAGCUCCAGGAGUGUGCACAACAGAGGGAUAGGCAACGGAAAGAAGCCCUCGACCUGAGAAGACUCUUGGGGGAUGAGACCAGGGAGAAGGAGGCGAUCCAAGCCUCUAACCAGGAGCUGAGAGUUUUUAUCAAAAGAGCAGAGAGUGACAACAGCAGCUUAAGACGAGCUGUAGAGGAGAGAGAGCAGAAAGUAGCUGUCUUGGAAGACUGCAAAUCCUCAAUGCACCAGGAGGCAACCACGCUGCGUAGUAGCAUGAGAGAGCUUGAGAAGUCCCGCCUGCAGGCUCGCAGAGAACUGCAGGAGCUGCGCAGACAGGUAAAGGUACUUGAAGGUGAGAACGGCCGGCAGAAACAGGAGCUGCGAGAGCUGCAGGCCCGGGUGUGUCAGGAGGAGCAGAAGGAGGAGGAGGCGCGGUGUGAAGCGUUCACUCUGAAGCAGAGAGUGCUGGAGUGCGAGGCUGGCAGAGACGCAGCGCUGAAUGAGGUUGCAGGACUGCAGCGCCGUGUGCUGGAGCUGGAGAAAUCGGAGCUUCAGAACCAAGAUCUGCUUCAGGAAAAAGAAGCCUAUCAUCAGCAGUGUGACCAGAGGCACAGUCAAACCACUGCUCAGCUGGAGGAAGCACUGGAGGAAGCCCAGAUCCAGCUGAAGGAACUCUCUGUUCAGGCGGGCCUCGCUGAAAGGAGGGUCCAAGGUCUGGAAGAGCAGCUAGGUCUAGAAGAUACCAAACGCAGGGAGCUUGAGCUCAAGUUGUCGGGGUUAUAUUCAACUCUGCGUCGCACUGUUUACACCAGCCAUACGAGGCUUUCAGGCACACCCGGCUCCCAUAGAAGGUCUCCCUCUUCAUGGAGAAACUACCUGCAAGCAAAAGAUGAAGAGAUGGACUUGGAGUCAGUGCACACAGCUCUACGGGAAUUUCAGCAGGAUAUCAGGGACACGCAAAGAGAAAGGGAUGAAGCCAAGACCCAGGUAAUUAGUUUAAGUCAGCAGGUGACCGAGCUCCAAGCAGGCCAUGAUUUGUCAGCCACCCAGCUGCUACAACUACAGAAGUCUUUGAAGAAAUCAGAGCAGGAAAAAAGAGAGGUGGCAGAACAGUUGCACAAAGCGCACACAUCCAUGUCUAUGCAUGAAGAGGCCAUACGUCGUACAAAGGGGGAAAAGAGAAAAGUUGAGGAGGAGGUGGCAAAAUUAAAGAUAAGUCUGCACACUGCUGAGGCUGAGUCCAGGGCACUACAGGACAAGUUGGAGCUCCUGCAGGGCUCAGAAUCUCGUGCACAUGAAGAACAACGGAAGCUAAAGGAGUCUCUAGAAGCAGCAGAAAGCAGGGCGAGCCGCCUGGAGCUGUCCCAGCGCACCCUUGAAGGUGAGCUCCAGAGAGCCCAGCUCAGGGCAGCAGAGCUGGAUGCAGAAUCAGGGGCGCUGCAGGACAGACUCACAGAGCUGAGGAGGAAGCUGGGUGAGAGCGAGGACUGGUGUGCAGCUCUGAGGGUCAGCGAGGAGAGGUUAGCCACGUCUCUGGCUCAAGCUGAGCAGCACGAGAGCCAGCUGAGAGAACAGAUCCACAAGUUGUCUAACACUUUCAGCGAAAACAUGAGCAGCAACGAAGCUCUACAGGAGCAGAUCACACAGCUGCAGAGAGCUCUGACUGCCAGCGAGCAGGACCGAAGGAUGCUGCAGGAACGCCUGGAUAAAACACGAGAUGCUCUCUCUGAGAGUAAGAGGCUGGGCCACAAACUCACAGAGCAGACCCAGAACCUUCAAAGAGCCCAAGAGGACUGUGAGUUCAAAUACUGUGAGCUGGAGAAACAUAACAGGACUCUGAAGGAGAGCCUAAAACAACAGCAGGAAGUUGAAGUGCAGGCCCAGAUGAGCUCUCAGCAAGAGAAGGAGGAACUUCAGGACAAAGUCACCAAUCUCCAGAAGUCUUUGCAAAAGCUGCAAAGUGAGAGAGCAGAGAUGGAGAGGGUGCUGACACGACUUGGUAAAGACAGGUCAGCACUCAGAAAGACACUGGAGAAGGUGGAGAUGGAGAGGCUAAGGAGGGAGGAGGGGGAGGCCUCUGCAGCCAGGGAGAAGGAGCUGUUGGGACAGAGGGUCCGAAGUCUGGAGCAGCAGCUGGCUGAAAAACAUGAAGAGGUGCAGACUGUGCAGGCCCAAAUCUCCCAGUUUGAGCACUCUCAUGCACAGCGCCUUCUUGAGGUGACUGCCCGCCAUCACCAGGAGCUCGAUUCAGAGACAGAGCGUCUGAGAGACAGUCAGCUUCAAGCUGAGCAGGCUUUAGAGACCAGAGAGAGGGCUCAUCGCCAGAGGGUCAGAUGCCUGGAGGAACAGUUGCUGACGCUGAAGGAGCAGUUGGAUCAGGAGACGAGCAGACGGCGGACUUAUUUCAAUCAGAUGCUACAGCCUGGUGUUUAGAAGCAGAGACCCUGCAGUGAAGUAUGUAGCACCUCUGUCUGCCUCAUUCACUGCUCCUCUGGCAGCUUCCCAACAACAUUAAGUUACAAGCUACGUCCGCACAAACACACUCCUGAGGCGUCUGCUCCCACCCGUGCACAUGUGCACGCCGGAUUAAAUUAAUCUGCAGGAAAACUCAACAACAACAAACAAAGAGUGUUUUGUGUAUAAGUAGACUAGAUGUGCCAAAUUGUUUUAAGGAUUUCCUCUGGCUGUCUAAGUCUGUUUAUGCUGCGUCAUUUUUUUGCGGAACAAUAUGAUGAAUGGUUUCCUUGGUUGGUGCUUUAUUCUAAUCUUAUAAUUUUCAAUUUGUCAAACUGAUCAUUUACCAAUUUCUUUCUGUCAUAAUCACUGUUUGUUUGUCCUAAUGAGAAUAUGUAUCCAAAUAUUUACAAUAAUGGUUCACAGAUUUCCUUUGUAAUGUGAUUUAUUAGUUUUUUUUAUGGUGCCAUAAACAACUUUUAUAAUGAGCUAAUUAAUUUUAUUAUGUCUUGGAUUUGAUUUGUUAAAGCUGUGAUUGUUUUUAAUAAACUGGGUGUAUCAGAGCACGAUCAUACAGUUGUCUUUGACAAUUAAGUUUAUUAAUGAUGUUUCUUCUGGAAACACAUCUUUGUUAUGGAAAAAAAGGUCUCCUGUGAUCUUUGCAAAGGACAGCACAGCCCUUUCAUGGCAUGCAAGUUCUGGCGUUUGGUUCACACCAUUAAAAGCCUUUGUGGAUUUAGUGUUGUGGGUGAGAGAAUGACCUUCGCUCUCUGUUGCCUGAGCUGUCUUCAGUGUUUUCUUUCAGAUGUUUGCAGCCUUGAAGUCUGUGGGGACCAAAGAUUACCAGACCUAAAAUCUCAAGUUAACAUGUGGUCUUUUUUAUUUCUUUGUGGCUUAUAAAACCCAGAAAUAUGUUGUUACCGUCCU